GUAUUUUUGGUUUUUGCUCUUUUCCGUGUUUGUAAUCCUGUUUACAAGCUUUUGGUAUGUGUUCACGUAUUUAAUUCGUUAUUCCUUGUAGUCUGCUGCAACCACGAACGGUAGCAAGAAAUCAUCACGUGCGUACGGGCUUUCGGAACAUUAUAACUUUGUCCAUAGAGGCUUCUGAAGUGGUCGAGCUCAAUCGAUGAUAGAGAUAUUGAAACGUUUCCGGCGCUUAUUUCUACCAAGGGAUAAUAAGGGUUCGCAGGCUGGAAUGCCAUCCCAUAUGAUCGGUGUAAUAAUUCCAUCGGGAGAGUACCUGGUAGUAAAUUCCGCCCUUGUGUCUAAUAUAAAUUCCCGAGACAUUUAAAAAGAGUAGUGUGUUCAUGAGGAACUACAAAAAAAUCCAUACAAUUCAUGUGUGAUCGUUUUGUAAACAACAAUCCACACCAGUUGCCAAAAGUACAGAAAACAAUUCAAACAGCGCCCACAAUGCACUUGCGUGGAUGCCAUGUGAUUUUGACAUUUCUCAAUGGUUGAAUUUGUGUUAUUGUCGGCAUGCGGAUGAUAGUUGUGUAACAUCCGUUGUAAAUAAUAGAAAUGUGUGUUUUUGCACUAUUUCCCCGCUACUAUGAUGUGUAGAACGUCUCAAUAAUGGGAUUAAUAAAGUUUGGUUUAUUUUACGCACUUGGUAGUGUGAAUUUUCGGAGGAGAUUGAUUGCCGGCGUUCAGCAUUAUUAUUUUCACACAACAUCCUGCCGAUUGUCUGACGACAUCGAGUACGAUGAGAUACCGGUGUCUCGGAUACGCAACUUCAGCAUUAUUGCUCACGUAGAUCAUGGAAAGAGCACGCUUGCGGAUCGUUUGUUGGAAAUGACUGGCACUAUAGCGAAACAUUCGAGCAAUAAGCAAGUGCUAGACAGUUUGCAAGUUGAAAAAGAACGCGGUAUCACGGUCAAGGCACAGACGGCUUCGCUUAUCUAUCGGCACGCGGGCCAUAAGUAUCUUCUCAACCUGAUCGAUACACCCGGUCAUGUAGACUUUUCGAACGAGGUGUCCCGAUCGUUGGCCGCAUGUAACGGGGUCAUAUUACUGGUCGACGCUAACCAAGGCGUGCAGGCACAAACAGUAGCGAACUAUCAUCUGGCCCGCUCGAAGCAGCUCGUCAUUGUGCCAGUAUUGAACAAGAUCGAUCUCAAAAACUCCCGCCCGGAGGCGGUAUGUAAUGAGUUGCUGACGCUCUUUGACAUCGAUCCCGACGAGGUACUGAAAGUGUCGGCUAAGCUCGGCACUGGCUGCGACGAGGUACUUGCUAGCAUUGUCAAUCGUUUGCCUGCUCCGAACGCUAAUCGUGAUGCAAAUUUUCGUGCCCUGAUUUUUGACAGCUGGUUCGAUAAGUACCGAGGGGCAUUGAAUCUAAUUUACAUACGGGACGGCGAAAUCACCACCGGACAGGAAAUCGUAUCGUGUCACUCAGGCAAAGCGUACGAGGUGAAAAGUUUGGCAUUGCUUCGACCGGAUGAACGGAAAGUGGAUCGACUAGUGGCUGGACAGGUGGGUCUGCUCGGAUGUAACAUGCGAACCAGUAAGGAAUCCCAAAUCGGUGACACAUUGUAUCUGAAAAGGAAUAAAACAUGUGUCCCAUUGCCGGGUUUCAAACCACAGCAGCCGAUGGUAUUUGCGGGCGUAUAUCCACCGGAUCAGACACAGCAUCCCGUGCUGAAAAGUGCCAUCGAGAAGUUAGUGCUAAACGAUUCGGCCGUUACCGUAACGCCGGAUUCAAGCCCCGCGCUGGGACAGGGAUGGCGACUUGGAUUUCUGGGCUUGUUGCAUUUAGAUGUUUUCAGCCAGCGUUUGCAACAGGAGUACGAUGCCGAACCCGUCCUAACAGCACCAUCGGUUACGUACAAAAUCAAACUGAGCGGAACAAAAGCGAUAGCGGCACACGGCGGUAAUGAGAUUGUGUACAUCAGCAAUCCUGCCCUCCUUCCCGAUCGAUCGAUGGUCGACGAGUAUUUCGAACCGUAUGUGUUGGGUACAAUUAUCGCACCAACGGACUGUGUCGGUGCCAUUAUUGGGCUGUGUGUUGAGCGACGGUCAGUUCAGAAAACAUCCAUCAAUAUCGAUAAUGAUCGUAUCAUGACCACCUAUCUGAUGCCGCUGAACGAGAUCGUGUUAGAUUUUCACGAUCAGUUGAAAUCAGUCAGCUCGGGUUACGCAAGUUUCGAUUACGAGGAUCAUGGCUAUGUCGAGACUAGUAUCGUACGGAUGGAUGUGUUGCUGAACGGGCAGCUGGUCGAAGAGCUGUGUACCAUCACGCAUACCAGCAAGGCCCAGAGUCAUGCGCGCCAGUUGGUGCUUAAGCUGAAAGAGCUUAUUCCUCGGCAAAUGGUACAGAUCGCUAUCCAGGCGGUGGUCGGUGGAAAGGUGUUGGCCCGUGAGACUAUAAAAGCGUACCGGAAGGAUGUAACGGCCAAACUGUAUGGCGGAGAUGUUACCAGACGAAUGAAGUUACUCAAGCAACAGUCUGAGGGAAAGAAAAAAAUGAGGUCCAUUGCUAACAUUAAUGUUCCUAGGGAUACAUUUAUAAAUGUGCUGAAGCGGUAGUUAAAACUAAUGUUGAAGUUGAUUGCAAACAUCCGAAGAAGAAUACACCCGUCUUUAUUUUUUGUUUUUGCUUCUUAAGAACGACCAGGCUCUGUAUCAAAUCUUGUUUUACCACGUAGCCGGAUAGUCAUUCCUUGCUACUGGGGGACGGUUUGGAUGGGUUUUGAUACCCAGUCCUGCCACGUGGAACCUGCGUCGUUUAUCGCAUACACCACCGAGCCGCCCAUAAUCCAUCUUUAUUAGUCGUUACCAUUAACGUCAUCGUGUAUACGUGCUGUAAUAUUAUGCUUUAGGUUCUGUUGGACUUUGAGACGACAAUAAUUUAGAGUACAACCACUUUAACAACAAAAAAACAUGAUUUUGCACCAUGACGAUUCGGUGGCAGUUAAAAGCUGUUAAUAUUGAUCUUAUGCUCAACUCAAGACUUCGUCAUCAGAUGAAUGAAUGUAUGUAGAAAACAGUGAUCUCAUGUUGUCGCUAAUAAAUCUUUAUUUGAAUUCUAGAUACCUUUUCAAUGUAAAUUCGUUAAAACUCCUCCAUUCGAGUUAGCAAUCGCCAGCUCGGAAUAGCUCGGUUCCUUUUUGCUAAAACUGAAUAGAGCGCUGGGCCGUAGCUUUAAAUAUGAAUUUACGACACAUUUGUUCAACUACUGACAGCCAUGCACCUGUAUUCUGAAUGUAAAAUUUCGCUCUUAAACUUCCUGGCUGGCAAUAACGAAGAAGCUUUUUAUAUCUAGAAAGGGAAGAAAGGAAGGGUGGGGAAUUGCUUUUUUGUAUGUUCCUCAGAAAACGGCGACUGUCGGUUUGCAUUCGAAUAUUUUACGACACUUGGAGCGAGACCUGUAAUUAGGGGGGUGAUUUUUUAAAAUCUUUAUUCACUUCAUUCACAACACAACCAUUUAAGAUGAUUUCACUUCCUCGCCCGGUUUACUCCCUUAACAACUACUUAAGUGCGGGUAAAAGAUUAGGAAUCUUGUCAGGUCGAGGAUUUGGCCUACAGCUACCAAACUUUUGUGGCAGAUCGUUUUUCAAUUAGCUCUCGUUUUGCCCCUCUCUGCUCAGUAGUAUUACUUUUAACCAUGCACCAUGGUUUUGUUCUGAAUGUAAGCAUUUAAAUCGAAAACUAGUGAACUAAUUCUCUUUCAUUUUCACGCAACAUAAGACAGCCGAAUGCAACAUGUUGGGCAAUCAUAUUAAGAUGGUUUGUAUUUCCUUCUAGUCAUUUAAACUCGUACAUUGCAGCAUGCUAAAUCGUGCUAGUGCUGCUAAUAUGCUAAUAAUGCUAACUGGAACGUGUGGAACGAGGAACGUUAGAAAGCUGUUGUUGCUUGACAUAGUUUUAAUUUGUGGAGGUUUUCGUUUUGAUGAUAUCUUUUUUGAUAAUGUAUGGUUGUUGAAUAUUGUUUUUUUUUU